AUGCUUCCCUUCGAUGCCAUCCUCUUUCCUGCCGACGAACGGCCUCCGCAUCUUGUGGCGCUCAUGACCAGCCCUCUAACGAUGGCGAUCUCCAACCCACCCGAGCCAUACCGUUGCGGGAGAAUACCUCACCCGGAAAUGUAUAUGGAGUACAUCGCGGAAGGACUCGGCCCUCGUUCCUGGAGAUUUCAGGUCGUAGAACAGCUCGAACACAUGAGCAGAAAGUUCUCGACUCCAUACAUCCUCUUCUACCCGAUUGUCUCCCGGGACGGUAUGCCGUUUCCGGUGAACAAGUGCAUACGUGAGAUCCAGGGCCAGACUUUCAACGAGGCGAACGCAUGGUGUGGCAACAUCAUCAUCGCAAAGUAUCGCGACCAAAGUUAUUCCACGAUGAUGCAUGCUACAAUGGCAGAUUUUCCAAUCCUCAAAAACUGGCUAUCCAAACCCAAGGCGGUUGCAGGGCUCAUGUAGGCGAGUGGACACCUGUCGGACAGCCACAACUGGCUUUCAUACACAGUACUUUAUGUUUCGAGAACAGACUA